AUGAGCCAUUUAAUUGUGACAGUCUACCAGACUGUUUUCAACAGGAAAGAAAUCCUGUUCCUUUCAGUUUCCAAGAAAAUACAGAAACACCUCCUCCCAGCAAAUCAGCAUCGUUACCUGCCAUCAUCCAGGAGGCCGGGAUUUCAAAACCAGGAGGAAAAACCCAAUGGCUCGAUUUCAGGUCUCCCUCCUCGCCCUCUUUUCCUCCCGUCCCCUCCCAAAACCAAAGCCGUCACCACCACUGAGCGGGUCACUAAACUUCCCCGAGCAGCGAGUUCUUCCCUCCUACAGGAACCGAGCCUCCCCACGGCCAGUGUCGUCAUCCCCCGCAAGCCCCGGCCCUACCCUUCCCAGCCAGGCGCCCGCAAGGAGAGCUUCACCUUUCCCUCUCCGCCCCCACCGCCCCACCGCCCCACCGCCGGGGAGCCGAGCCCCGCCACCCAAAGGGACCUUCACAGGGCUUGCCACCCGCCGCGCCCCGCCCCGCCGCGGCCUGACCCCGCCACGGGGCACCGGCGGCUGAACCAACCACCCCCCACCCCCGCGCCCGCCGGUGAGGCGACCCCCUCCCGCGGCAAAGGCUCCGACGGGGGGCCUAAACCCCGGCCUCCGCCUCAAGCCUCUCUCCCUGAAGCCGGGGCCCAAGACUACGGCAUCGCCCUCACCUGGAACACCGGGAAAUGCCUGUCUCCUGUGCCCGCCGGCAACGAAGGAGGGAGGGAGGAAGGGGACUAA